AUGAACAAUGUAGAUUCAGUUGGUCCACCAGAUCCAGUGUCAAAUUUGAGACCAAUUAAAUAUCAUAAACCAAAACAUGAAUCUCUAGUUGAACGUAAAUUGAGACUUAAACGAAUUGAAGUUGCUAAAUGGAAUCAUGAAUUUUGGAGUAGUCAUAAUUUAAGAUUUGUCAAAGAAAGAGAUGCUUACAAAAAAUGUUUAGCGGAUAAGGGCAUUCCAACAGCUAAUGCUGAUCAAAUGUCUGAAUUUUACAAAGAUUUUCUUGACAGAAAUUGGAAAACACAUUUGACUUAUAACUUUGAGUGGUAUAAGAAAAAUAUAUCAAUUGUACGAUUAAUGAUGAAUACAAAUAUAUACAAAGCGAUUCAAUGGACUAAAAAAUUUAAAUUCUAA